AUGAGUUCACCAACAUUAAGAUCAUCGUCUGCCUCAGUAAUUGAAGAUCUUUACAGAAAGAUUGACGAAACGACGCAGGAAGUCCUCACUGAUUCUAGAAGUUCUAUGGAUACAAGUUUAAAUGAGAAAGAGGAUGAGCAAGAGUACAAAAUAAAAUCAAGCUAUUGGAAGCUUGUGAGCCAUGCCAAUAACAAACCAGGAAAUUCGCAGCCAAAACUUGAAUGCAUCUCAGCCGUCGACAGUAUAGUGGCUGUGGCCUCAUCAGAAAAAAGAAGCAAUCUCCGCAUAUACGGUCUGGAUACCGAAAUGCACAGAAUGACACAUAUAAGCAGCAUAUCUUUACCUGACAUCAAAUGCCUGGAGUGGCUAUACGAUCCAACAGAUGACCAAUCUGAAAACGAACUUCGCUUUUUACUCACAGGACACUCAAAUGGUAUUGUCAAUCUGAUUAUGGUGCCACUUGCUCCAACAUGCGGAGUGGAACACGCACAGAUCAUCAAACAGUUCAACCAUAAAAGGCAACUCCUUUACUAUACUGGGGAGAUGGAUUCUCACACUUCAAUCAGCCGACCCACGUCAUCAUUGAACCAAAUUCUGCAGAUGCAGGUGACACCAAAAACCUGGACCAGGUGUAACAGAAACUCCAUGUUGUCUUUAUAUGGUGAGCACUUGUUUAUGUGGGACACUAGCAGGUCAAGAAGACCAUUACUUUGUACUAGGACUGGUGGAACAUCAUGCUUUGAUUCUAACCCAUCCACUGAUGGUAUACUUGCUCUUUCUGGACGCUUUGGAGUAUCACUAUGUGAUCUCAGACAAACCCAGCAACAGGCAUCACUUUUAUUUAUACCAAGCCAGUACAAUAAAGAGUCUGUUGCCGUGAGUUGGUGCAAGUCCGAUCCUAAUUACAUAUGCUCAGCUUCGAUUGACAGCACCGUUAUGGUUUGGGAUAUUCGUAUGCUCAAACCUGUCGCAUGCUUAAAGCAAGACACCCCAGGCAUCAAUUCCGUUAGUUGGGAUAAGAAAGAAAGCAUAUUCAGCAGUUCGGAUGACGGAAAACUAGUGCACUGGAAUUUGAACGAUAUUAAUAUCGACAAUAUUGACAGAACUAGCCAACCUAUAAUAUGUACAACUCACGAUGGCCACAAUACCGAUGUCACCAUUAGUGAAAUAGGUACACCAAUUUACGCCUCCGAAGAAAAAAUAAUCAAUAUGACAAGUUGCACUGCUAACGAGUCAAUACUGACAAUCGACAACCAAUUUCUAGGGCUUCACUCCAGAAUGACAGAGGGAAGACCAAGAAGUUCAUCGUCAGUGACAUGUGUUGCAUCUGAAAAGAGUAAAAACUAUGUUUUAACUUCGACGAAUACCAACAAGUACAAUCAAACAAACUGGAGCUCGAAUUCUUCACCAACGUUGAUUAACAGGAGCCUUUACAAUAAUGACGUGCUACAACAAAGCACGUAA